AUGGACCCUAUCAAACUUAAAGGAAUUGCGGAAUGGCCUGAACCAAGCACGGUAAAAGGUGUUCGCUCUUUCCUAGGGUUUGGAAACUUCUAUCGGAAGUUUAUUGCCAACUUCUCGGAUAUUGCCAAACCAUUGAAGAAUCUUACGCGCACUGCCGCUGGAUCUCCACCUUUUGAAUGGACAACAGAAUGUCAGACAGCUUUCGACACAUUAAAGCAACGAUUCAGUACCGCUCCAGUACUGUUACUGCCUGACAAGGCAAAACCCUUUAUUGUUGAAUCUGAUGCUUCCAAGUUUGCUACGGGUGCAGUUUUACGCCAAGCCGAUAUCAAUGGAGACCUCCAUCCUUGUGCCUACAUUUCACAGACGCUCAAUCCAGCUGAACGGAACUACGAAAUCUACGACCGCGAACUCCUCGGAAUCAUUCGAGCCCUCACUGAAUGGCGCCAUUAUCUUGAAGGCUCUCCCCACCCCGUCGAAGUUCGCAGUGAUCACAAGAACCUCACGUACUUCCGUACAGCUCAGAAGUUAAACCGCCGACAAGCACGAUGGAGUCUCAAAUUAUCACAAUUUGAUCUUCACCUCAUCCAUGUCCCUGGCACUCAGAUGAUCCAAUCUGAUGCGCUCUCUCGUCGUAAUGGACUCGAUGACAGUGAAAGUGACAACGAAGAUCGCAUUCUUUUACCCAACGCACUAUUCGUGCGAUCCAUUUCCCCAACACUAUUCGACGAAAUCAGGAAUCACGCAGCAAAAGACCUCAUUGUUCACGAAGCCCUCGAAGCGGUUGCGCACAAAGGGCCAUUCCCCAUGAAAUCAUCGCUUUCCGACUGGGAAGUUCACGAUGGUGUCAUCCUCUACAAGGGAAAGAUUUACGUUCCACCAUCUGAAACUCUUCGUCGUGACCUCGUUCGACUACAUCAUGACUCCCCUGCCAUGGGUCACCCUGGAAAGUUCAAUACUCUUGAACUGUUACGUCAUGAAUUCUGGUGGCCCGGCAUGUAUACAUUUGUCUACAAUUAUGUUGAAGGCUGUGCCGCCUGUCAACAAAUGAAACCGAAUACUCAUCCAACUCGUAUUCCUUUGGAACCAAUUCCCGCCGACCCACACGCAUUACCAUUUUCCUGUUGCACCACCGAUUUUAUUACCGACCUCCUCGUUUCCAACGGUUUUGAUUCAAUUAUGGUCGUAGUAGACCAUGACCUUACGAAGGGGGUGAUUCUUACGCCCUGCCUCAAAACGAUCACAGCCGAAGGAACGGCCAAGAUUUUUCAUGACAAAGUAUACUCGCGAUUUGGAUUACCCGACCGAAUCAUCUCGGAUAGAGGACCUCAAUACGCAUCCAAGGUCUUCCAAGAGUUAAAUCGACUACUCCAGAUCAGAUCAUCAAUGAGCACAGCUUAUCACCCUCAGACGGACAGAGAAACAGAGCGAGUCAACCAGGAGCUGGAAAUCUAUCUUUGA